AAGCGGAAGUGACGGCCUAACGGCUUCCGUAACUGAGAUACGUAAACCGAAAACGUACAGCCAGCUGGAAAACUAGCAGUAAUAAGUAAAUCUAAAGUUUAUUUUUGGCAUCUGGAAGGUAUAAAGAAACGACAUGAACAGUUUAAUCAGCCUGAUGGUGUUCCUGUUGUCGAGUCUGAGCUUGGCCAGCAGCCAGUCUGUGAUGACCGGCUUCAUCGGUGAUGAGGUCCUCCUGCCCUGCGUCUACUCUGAAAAGCUGUCCGAGCCGGUCAAGGCCUUCUGGAGGGACAAGGAUGACCAAGUUGUGUUGGACAUCAUCAACAGCAGAGAGGAUAAAAUAGAUGCGAAGUUUAAAGGUCGUGUGGUCAGCUUCCCAAACCAAUACAAGACUGGAAACCUCUCCAUCAUCAUAAAGGACCUGAGGGCGGACGACGCUGGCCCGUACGAUUGCACCAUCCCCAAAGUGGACUAUCAGACCAGGAUAACUCUGAAAGUCACAGAGAAACCCGCUGUGAUAACUCCACGUCCUUUGCCUCCUGUGACUGCUUCGCCUCGUGCUGCAGCGGUAACCUCCUCCCUCCACCACCUGACUCUCCUCUGUCCUGCUCUGUUUUUGCAGUUCUUGCCUUGAAAGUAGGCACAGGAGUUAAAGUCGGGUUUAGCUUUAAUCAAAAACUAGAUUAUACCUUAAAAAUAACAUUUCACACUGUCGGAUAAGGUAAAAGUCUUUCUUUUACCUUAUUUGCUCUAAACAUGGUAAACGUAUGAUGGAGCUGCUUUGAAUUAUUUAUGCAAACAUCUAUCGUCUUAUUAGUCUGUUCAGUGUGCUGAUAUAACUCAUCUUCCAAUCAGAUGACAGAAAAAUGUAAAAACUAACCCUCAGCUCGAAAUCACCUGCGACUGUUACACUCCAACUCACCCGCUGCAUCCACCUCCACCUGUUUUCAGCCCUCCAGAGCAAACAUGAAUGAACUUGCUGCACAAACGUUCAUGACAUCGACGUUAAAUUGAUCCAUUUAUAAACAAUCUCCUAAAGACACGCUGUCAUGUUAUUCCAUGUAUGUUGAUAAUCAUAAAGAUAGUUGUUUAGCUUAGUGUUGCUAAUCAAGUCGAAGCUGGCCUGCUGGACAAGCUGUGUCAUGACACCAGAGAUAUCGGUGUAGUCCUAUUUAGAUCUGAUUAGAGUCGGACGGUGUUUUCAUUGCUUUUCCGUGCUAACUUCAUGCUGUGUUACUGGAAAACAAAGAAACAACCUCCAAAAUCUGUAAGUAUCCAUACUGGCCAAUAUUGGUUAAUACCUGAAAAACUGAUGUACCAGUCUCCUGGCUGAUAUCCAUCCGCUGACUCAGGUCAGCCUUCAAAUUCAAUGAUUUCAAAACUGAUGGUGGCCCUCAAAGGUCAAACGAACUGCAAGUAGAAAAAUACUCCAAAAACGCACAAAGUACAAUAAAAGAAAAAAAAAUUGCAAAACCUCAGAAAAAAAGUUUUUUUUUUUUCUGUUUCCGUUGUGUUUUCUUCAACUUCCUUUCUGUUUGUGUACUUGUUCCAUUUGUUAAUGUUUUCUUAAGUUGCAGUGCAUUUGACCUUUGAGCGCCACCAUUUAAAUAAAUAAAAAAAUAAGUUCUAUGGAGAGCUGACGAGGUUUUAAAACCGGUCAUUAUUUACCCCUAAUGAAGCUCUUUUGAUGCCUGAGACCAAAAAAAGGACAUUACAGCAGCAGAAGAAGAAAAGUAUCCAAACAACAUCGAUGCGACCCAGAUUACUGUCAUAAACAGAAAAACAAAAUUGUUCUACUUCCUGAGAUUGCUGCGGGAGCUUUAAACGUCUAAAGUUUCAGUGUGUGUUUCGUUAUAAUUGUACUAAAAUAUAUCUGUGACGGGCCAAUAUUAGUCAUAUUGAUCAGAUUGGAAUUCUCCCACAGAAAACAUCUUUAUAAAUCUGAUUUACCUUGUUCACGUUCUUUGUCGAUCACCAGGAGGAAAGUGCUGUCUGUCAUCUAUGAAUAAAACAGGAAGUCACACUGUCAGGCUGAUUUAACAGGCUUUAAUCUACCUGGAUGUUUCACAGUGACGCCAUAUAGACACUGAUGUUUGCCACAGACCGGGAUUAUGAAGCGUUUUUUUUGUUUUUUUUUAGGUUGUGUUCAUUUCAGUGAUUCUCCUUGCAUGUGUAUCUUUGUAUCACUGACGUAAAUAAACAUUAGUUCUUUAAGUUUAAUCCAAAGACAUUCAACAUCAAAUGAAUCUUUAAAGUGUCAGAUAUGUGAAACGAGUGAGAACAAUCGGCCACCACAUGGAGCUGUCACAGCUAUGAUUAUUAUUAUUAGUAGUAGUAGUAUUAAUAACUGUUGUUGUUGUUAUUAUUAUUAUUAUUAUUAUUAUUAUUAUUAUCAUUAUUAUUAUUGUUAUUAUUAUCAUUAUCAUUUAUUAACAAUAGAGGAGCUCCAGCAAAUUGAAGACUUACUAAAUCUGAUGGCAUGGAUCUCUGCAGAUGAUUAGCAGCUUCUAAAGGAGGUCAUUGUACAUUAUGCAAUUUUUUUUUGCUCUGUUUUUAUUUGAAGAAAUUAUUGUUGAAGGGAAAAUAAGCACUUAAAACUAGGCUGUUAUUUAUUAUUUAUUUAAAAAACUAAAAUGUAAAAGUGAAGUUUAUUUAUGUUUUUGACAACAAAACAUUCCAAAGAAAUGUUCCAGUUGACCCCACAACCCAAAAAAACCCCUCAAAAAUAAUCUGUUUACCAAAAACAGCAAAACAUCCAACACAAUCUAACAAAAGCAUGACUUUAUAACCAUCAGUGCUGAGAAUAGUCAGUAAAAUAUCAGAUUUUGUUGUCUGCGUCUUCUAUCAUUUACUAUAUACUAUAUUACUGUUAUUAAAGAUCGGCUGUUUUUUAUAUUCACUACUGCUGCUAUUGUUUCUGAUGCAGAUGGAUCCCUUUAAGCUUCAUCGUUUACCUGCAUAUUUAUGUUUAUGAAGUGAUCGUUAGAGGAGAUCAAAAAAGCUGCAACGCAGAUGUGUGUGAGUCUUCCCAGGUGGCACAAAGAGCUGAUUAACCGAUUAACUGAUUAGUUGACUGAGCAACAGUUCAACUCUGCAAACGAUACUACUGGCUUGAUUUUCAGGGUUCAGUCUUCAAACCACAGUUUGUUUUCUUGCACAAGCCAACGCAUCAAAGUUUUUUGCUUCCAUAGUCAAAGAUUUACUCCCAACUUUCAUACCUCAGAUUUUAUUAGUCAACAUUUCAGUUUUAUUUAUUAUCUGGUUUAAUUAUUACAGUGUCAUAAUUUAGAUCUUAACAAAAUGUUAGGGUCAGGGAACGACCCGGGAUCCUCUUUUGUUUGUAUCAGUUUUUUGUUUCAUUUUUUUCUCUUUUCAGUGAUAACAGAUAAUAACCGAUCAGUGGUUUAGAGUCUUCUUCAUCAGUUAUCAUAACAUGUGGAGUUAACUGUCUCUGUUUAAUUACACAAAGACUCUAGGCACUACAGAGUUCAGCCUUUUAUUGUGAAGAGUCAUGACUUUGGGAUCUAAUAAAGUUGUUGACUUUAAGUCAUUUUCAGAUUAGUUUCAGUGUUAAGUUUUAAUAUGAAUAAUUCUGCCUGUCAGUCAUCUGAUGAAGACCAAUCAGUCGUGUUCAGUGUUUUGUUUUCAUAAUUUGUUUUGUUCCUUGGCUUAGUUGUUGUGUCACGGAGGUAUUUGUCAGGGUUUCACAGCAUUGGAAACAUCCAGUGUUUUUAGUUUCUUUACUUCAGCUCAAGUUUAAGCCUGUUGAUCAUUAGAGUUUAACGGGAGUCAGGACAGACUGAACCAAAGUCCAGGAUCAUUUCCACUUAAAUGAUCCUGGUCACAUGACCACGAUGUUUUGGUUGAUUAAGUUGGUUUAAGUGUAACUGCUGCUUGUUCUGGUGUGACCACAGGUGGCACUACAGUGUUUCUCUUGUAAAAACCAUUAAAGAAGCUGCUACAACUGCACAAACUGUCUGUCAGUCAACCAGUCAGUUAAUCGAUCAGCUCUGAGGUGCCGUGUGUUUGUGUAUCGUUGCGCUGUUACAGUCUGAAUGGUGAGGGUCUCUGCUCGGGUUACCUGUGAUGUCUGAAGGCAA